AUGUGCAAUGUCAGGAAAGGAAAAUCCAAGGUCAUCGUGCCUAAUAGUACAAUGCAAAAAUGGAAGGAGGCAUGGAGUAGCCCAGAGUUUAAAGCUAAGAGCCAUCAAUUCACUGCUAACCGUUGUAGUGAGAUAGGGGGAGUUGGGGCAGGCAUCUCUAGACACACAGGGGGUUCAGUUUCACAUGCUACUCACGCAGAUAGAAUGAAGCCCACUUGGUCAAGACCUUUUCCUUAUGAACUUUUCCAUAAGACCCACACUAGGAAAGGCACCUCCGAUAUGGAUGCAUUUUUGGCGCUUAAGGAGCAGUCGUCUCAACCACAAGAGGGGUGCAGUGACCCUCCUAUUGUAGAUGAGGUCGCACUAUAUUAUCAAGUUGUGGGGGGGGAGAAGAAGAACAGGGUUUAUGGCAUUGGAUCUCAAGCAUCAAUUUUUUACCCUAGCUCAUCACAUGGAUCAUCUUCUACUGCAUCCUAUUGUGCUCAGUCAGAGGCAAUGGAGGAAGAGAUUCAACAAUUGCAUCAGACUAUUGCAACGCUCAAGGAUAGUUUGGUUGCAAUGGAGGAGAGAGAUCGACAACGCGAGUUGAUGCUAGAGGAGAGAUAUAGACAACGUGAGCAGACACUGGAGGAGCGCAUGCAACAAAUGAUGCAAAACAUGAUGGCACAAAUGAUGCAGGGUACGCAGUUUACAGCCCCAACUCCACAUGCGACUCAUCAAGAUGAUGGUAGAGAGGCUGAUAGUGUUGAUGAGUGA